UAUUUAACUAAUAUAACUGAUAAUAAUCUAUACUUGGACGUAUAUUUAUUCACAAAGGAUUUGGAAUGUAAUGAACACGAAAUAAGUAGAACAAAAAUACCACAAAAUAUUCAAGAAUGCUGUAGAAAUUGCUUGAUAGUAUUUUAUUUUAAACAAGUAUUUAUUGGCAAUAAUUCGAAUAUGAAAAGUAAUCUGUACAUUUGCGAAAACGUGAUUGAAAGUGAAAGAUAUUGUAAACUAUGUGGAAAAUUAUUAUAUCAAGGAACAGAUUAUUAUAUUAUGAGAGAAUUUAAAUUAUGUUCAAAUUGUUAUUUAAUCUCUUCUGGAUGUGUAGAAUCAACCUUAACUAAAAAGUUUAUUUCAAUUAUUUAUUUACCAUUUUGGGAAUAUACAAGUACUUGUUAUUGUGAUAAUAAAUUAUUAUUUAUAUCAAACUGUCAAAAGUUUUGUGAUAAUUGUUUAAUAUUUUUUAUUGGAUGUAGAUAUUGUUUAACAACAAAUAUUAUUUUUGGAAUUACAAAUCAAUCGCAAUGUAUAAAAUGCAAAAGAGUAUCAACUAUUAUUUUUGAUAGAACAAAAAUUAUUAGUAUUAAUAGUGGAGAUAGCGUUAUAGAUGAUUUUCUUAUUAAUAUAAGACAUGAUUUUUUGAAUCAAUUGAACAUAGAUAAAUUCGCUAACGAUUUAAAAAAUGUUAAGUAUUUCAUUCCAUCCGAGAUAUAUAAUAAUUCUUUACGUGAUAAAAUUAAAGGAAAGUUAGGAAAAUUAAUGAGAUAUAUACCAUAUUCUAAAUUUAAAAAUGUAAAAAAAAUAGCAGAAGGAGGAUUUAGCGUCAUAUAUCAAGCAACCUGUUACUGGAUAUAUAGUUUACAAUUGAAACAUUGGAAGAGAGAAAUUGUCAUUUUAAAAAGAUUCAAAAAUCUUCAAUAUGCUAAAAAAUAUUUUUUGAAAGAGUUGGAGUCGAAUCAUCGAUGUUAUUACUUAAAUUCAAAGAUUAUUGAAACUUUUGGUUUUACAAAAGGUCCCAAAUUGGAUGAUUAUAUAUUAGUUAUGCAAUAUGCAUCGGAAGGAGAUUUACAUAAAUAUUUACAAAAGAAAUUUACAGAAAUUAAUUGGGAACGAAAGAUAUCAUUUUUAUAUGAUAUUUUAUUAGGACUUAAGAAUCUCCAUGAUUCAAAUUUCAUACAUCGAGAUUUCCAUAGUGGAAAUAUAUUGUAUAGAAUAGGAGAUCUAGGAUUAUCACGAUCAGCAAAUGAUACCUCAUCAGAUGAUGAAAUAUAUGGAGUAAUACCUUAUAUUGCACCAGAAAUAUUUAAAGGUUCAGCAUUUUCUAAAGAAUCCGAUAUUUAUAGUUUGGGUAUGAUUAUGUGGGAACUUACAACAGGUUGUAAGCCUUUUGCUAAUGUUGAACAUGAUCAU